AUGAGCUCCUUUAAGCGUGACAAGAAGGAAGAAGAGGAUAGCGGCGGGAAUCCAUUCCAGAACUUGGACAAAACUAUUGUUUUACAAGAGUCGCGGUACUUCAACGAAACUCCGGUUAACCCGAGAAAAUGCACGCAUAUUUUGACGAAAAUUCUCUAUUUAAUCAACCAAGGGGAGAAAUUGACCACACAAGAGGCUACGGACGCGUUUUUCGCGACCACAAAGCUGUUUCAAUCCAAAGAUGUAAUGUUACGCAGGAUGGUGUACCUGUGCAUCAAGGAACUCAGUACAUUGGCCCAAGACGUCAUAAUUGUUACUUCUUCGCUUACUAAAGAUAUGACUGGUAAAGAAGACCUCUACCGCGCAGCCGCUAUUCGCGCUCUUUGCAGCAUAACCGACAGCACGAUGUUGCAAGCUAUAGAACGCUACAUGAAGCAGGCCAUUGUUGACAAAAACCCAGCAGUCAGUUCUGCUGCCCUUGUGUCUGCUUUGCAUCUCUCUUCGAAUGCUCCGGACUUGGUGCGCCGGUGGGCAAAUGAGGCGCAGGAAGCUAUUACAUCGGACAAUGCAAUGGUGUCGUACCAUGCUCUUGGCGUCGUUGCGGGCUCAAGAAAGAAUGAUAAACUGUCCACUGUAAAACUUGUAACACGUCUGUCAAGGUUUUCGUUGAAAUCACCUUACGCCCUAUGCUAUCUUAUUCGCCUGGCCGCCCAAUUAGUCGAAGACGAUGAUUCUGAAGGUUCCCAACCAUACAUCGAAUUUAUCGAAUGCUGCCUUCGCCACAAAUCCGAAAUGGUAAUCUACGAAGCUGCUCAUGCCAUUGUUAAUUUGAGGAAAACGGCCAGAGACUUGGCCCCUGCUGUUUCUGUCUUGCAACUAUUCUGUGGAUCUUCCAAAGCGGCUUUAAGGCUGGCUGGAGCAAGAACGCUUGCUAGAUUGACUGCAAAACAUCCUACAGCGGUUGCAGCCUGUGCUGUAGAUUUGGAAAAUUUGAUUUCAGAUACAAAUCGCUCUGUUGCAACUUUAGCAGUAACAACUCUGUUAGCAACUGGUGCUGAAAGCUCGGUAGAUAGACUUAUGAAGCAGAUUUCAAGUUUCGUGUCUGAAAUUUCGGAUGAAUUCAAGAUUGUCGUUGUAAGGGCGAUCAGACGUCUGUGUACGAAAUUUCCGAGAAAACACCAAUCUCUUGCCGCGUUUUUGGCCGGUAUGUUACGCGAUGAAGGAGGUUUAGAGUAUAAAGCAGCUAUUGCUGAUGCCAUAAUUGCAUUGGUCGAAGAAAAUCCGGAUGCCAAGGAAACCGGUUUAGCUCAUCUGUGCGAAUUUAUCGAAGACUGUGAGCACACGGCGUUGGCUGUCAGGAUCUUGCAUUUGCUGGGAAGAGAAGGGCCGAAAUCGCGUCAACCAUCGCGUUAUAUAAGAUUCAUUUAUAAUAGAGUGAUUUUGGAGUCAGGGCCUGUAAGAGCUGCGGCUGUGUCUGCUGUCGCUCAAUUUGGGGCACAAAGAGCUGAACUCUUACCAAAUAUAAGAGUUCUCCUAGCCAGAUGUCAGUUGGAUGACGAAGAUGAAGUUCGCGACCGAGCUAUUUACUACAGCGCCAUUUUGGACACUGGAGAUCAGCAAUUGAUAAACGACUUCAUCGUAAAUGUCCCGAAACCAAACGCUGUCCUUCUCGAGAAGGCGCUGAGAGAUCAUUUGACGACACGUCCUGAUGAAACUUUCGAUAUUCUAAGUGUACCAGCCGAAGAAGAGCCUAAGGAAAGCAAGGAACCAGUUGUCGAGAUCGAAGUUAAGAGACCAGUGCAAAUGUCCUUGGAAGAAAUCUAUUCUGAGCAACUGACUAAGAUCCCUGGCAUAGAACGUCUAGGGCCAUUGUUCAAGACAACGCAACCGAUAGAUUUGACCGAAGCAGAAACUGAAUACCGCGUCAGAUUGUUGAAACACAUCUAUGCUAGACAUGUUAUUCUUCAAUUUGAAUGCGUCAACACUCUCAGUGACCAAUUAUUGGAGCAAGUUGAAGUUAAACUUGAAACGCCAUCUGAAUACGAGAUCAAGUCCGUAAUUCCCUGUCCCAAACUUCAUUACGACAAACCUGGAAGUGUUUUCAUCAUAGUGGAAUAUCCUUGCGCGUUCUUCGAUAGUUUGGGAACUUUUGGAGCGACUUUGGAGUUCGUUGUCAAGGAUUGUGAUCCGACAACUGGACAACCAGAUCCAGGCGAGGGAUAUGCAGAUUCUUACCCUCUGGAAGAAUUUGAAAUGGGUGUUUCUGACCAAAUCAGAGCUAGAGCUGCCACUGAUGAUUGGGAACAGACUUGGGAGCGGGCAUCAAAUGCCCCAGAAGCCAACGAUACUUUUGUUUUGUCCCAAAAUGAUGUUAACGACGCCGCUAAAGCAGUUUGCGAGCAUUUGGGACUUCCCAAAUCGGCUAUAGUCGGUGAAGCUGUGAAAGAAAUUAGAGGAGGUGGUAUAUUCAGGGGCGGAGCGCCAGUUUUGGUUAGGGCGAGGUUGGUUGCGAGCAGUGGUAAUGUGACAAUGCAGUUAUCAGCGCGCUCACCAAGGGAAGACGUUGCUACCCUCCUUUUGGCAGCCGUUGGUUAAAUGUAAUUACAGGACCACCAACUUAUCUGUGAUAGGAACACUGCAUAAACACUAAUAUAUAAAUAUCACAGAUAAGGGAGUGGAUUUGUACUUAUUAUUUACAAUUCACUUUGGAGACAAAUUUGUUAAAAUUGAUUUAGUUAUUUUUCAAAUACGUUUUUAAGAUUCAGCUCGAAGAUAAGAAAAGUUUUCUUUACCAUGUAGAUAGUAUGCACGGCAUCAAUGUCGGUUGUACACUUCCGGUAUAAGUUGACACACGGCUCCAUGAGUGGAUGUAGCAAAACUAGGUUUGAUAAAACCUGUUCAUACUGGCACCGUAGCGAACCAUAAGGUCGUUCGUAUAAUAUUAAUUAUUUAUUUAAAGUCGAGAUUUGUUUGAGAUGAUAUUAUAUUCUAAAUUAAAAUAUACCUUUAACUCCAAAUGCAAAAUAAUUCCAAUUUAUUCAUAAUAGAAUAUCUAGUAUAACAGCCAAACACAUAACGUAAUGAUUUACAACCCUUAAACAAACCUAUAUCUAGCACCAUUUUCUGUCUGGUAAUUUUUGUCAUUUGCAGUGCCUCUACAAUGGGUGACAGAUUAGCAACCGCGUGCAUUUAACACACUUAUACAGCGAGUUGUAUAUGAGACUCGGGUACAGAUUCAAGGGAACUAUUUUUAAUAUUCUAAAAGCUCAUUUUGGUGUACACCUUUUGUAUGGAACAGCUGACGUUUCUUUGCGAUUGCCGAUUCUUACGGACUUCGUCAUGGUAUUUAACCUGUUAAAAGUUGUCCCGUGGUUUAAAAAUAUCCUGAAGGGAAUCACCACUUGUCGACACGGAAUUGCAUUAAGACGGUCAGAAAAACCGUUGUAUCGAAGCAAUAAAAGCGAAAAAGUGGUUACGCGUUAAUUUGUGUGGUCCUUCCCAGAGUGCAAUUACCAGGGUCCAUGGUAUAAGGCUAACAAUUCCACAUCAAAGUGAAUUGUACUUAUGGUAUAGUUGCUAUGAAAAGUUUAUAUUAUAGGAAUAGUAUUAAAAGAUAUUCCAUUUAACCAUCAUUCAAAGUCAUCUGUAGCGAAGGACAAAUCUAGCGGAAAUUAUGCGCUUGUAAUGCGCACGCGCGGUUUUUAUGACAAUUCGAAAAAAAAUUAACGAAGUUGUCGGACAGCCUUUUCAAAAUGUUUUCGCGUAAAAAAGGCGAAUAUUUUAUUAUACUUUUAUAUGAAAUUACUGGAAAAAAAACAUGUAUAUUACGUGUAAAGUUUUUGAAGAAGUGUUGUUAAACUUAGUGAAAAUUUAUGCAUUAUGAAUAGCAAAAAAAUGAUGUUGAUAAAGCUGUAGUUGGUGAAUAGUGCUUUAGUUUGUCAAUUACUCAUCCAAUAACUAUCUUUAACAAUAAAAAGUCCUCUUCUAUUGUUUAAAAUUACAAGUACUUAUUAAGAAAUUGGGAAUGACAGUUUCUGGAAAUUGCUCGAACUGUCUCUUGAGAGAAGUAUCACCGCAUUGUGUUUAAAAUUUUCACAUCCGAGCGGAUAGUUUCCGCUUGAUUGUUUGCGCCUUAAGUUUUUACAAGCUCUGUGAAAGUAAAAA